UACCCUCCGGUCCGCAGAAAAACCUCUCUCUACAAAACCGGUCCCUGGUGUCCAAAAGGUUGGGGACCUCUGACAUAGAGAUUAUCCAGAUUUUGCAGUUGAGGUACGGUAGCCCUAGGGUAGGGUUUCCCUUCUGGACACUCCACCUCAUAUGUGACCUCCAGCUCCUAGAUCUUCCUACUGGUGAGAAUUCUGGGAGUUGAAGUCCCCACAUUUGGAAACUAUCCAGGUUGGAAAACAUUGCCCUUGAAGAACUUUCCAAUAAAUCUCAAAUACCUUCUCCUAUCUUUAUUGAUCUAAAUAGUUCCUUUGAGAGCCGGGUCCUAAUCUUUUAAAAUUAAGUGGUUUUAAAGGUCAAAAUCAAUUACUGAAUUGCAUUCAGCAAUAAAUGGGAGCCAGAGCAAGAGGUUCCAUAAUAGAGGCAGUCCUCACAAUUGGGACUGGCAACUCAUUUGUUAAAGUGGUUGGUUGCUAAGUGUAAAAUCACAUGACUGCCACUGUUCUUAUGAUCUUACUUCAACUUUCCUUUGUGGAUUUGAGAAUGAAGGCAUUGGUGGCAAUGCUACUUUUCAUCAUCAUUGCAACUGCAAAUGGUCACUGUCUAAAGGGGUCACUAAAUGAGGACUACCUGAUGCCCAACGUGAUGCAGAUGCAAUGAGGAGUUUGCUUGCUACUCGUUACAACAAUUGGGUUGUAGACUCCCAGUAUAAGAGUGCAAGUAUGAUGUAAUCAGGCCAUGGGUUACCAUAGCCAAGUUGGAUCAUUUGAAUAAAGUCUACAUGGGAGGGAGUUGCGUAAACAUACACUUUGUCUCCACCUUCACUGAAAAUCCAGGGUCAGGAAAUGAUCAAAGAGCACUCCCGUGAUAGCAAUACAAAGGGAAAUACAAAAUGUAGUUUCAUGUAAAUUAUGUUUAAUAACACAGAAGACAAGCUGUAAGUCAGUGCAAUGCUGCUUUUUUGGGGGAGGGGGUCUUUUGAAAAUAGUGUGAGACAAUGUUCUUUUGGCAGUCUAUUGGUUGAAUGACUCUUGGAGGUGCUGAAGAGGAUUUUCCAUUAAACUUAAAUCUUGCUUGGGAUGAAAAUCACAUAAAAAAACAUGAUGCAACAUUUUAUCAACGGACGUCCAUCAGCAAAAAAAAAAAAAAAAAAAUGCAUGGAGACUUUUGGAAACUGGAACUGUCUGACAAACAAGAAAUCAGAUGUCCAAGGAUGCAGAGAGAAAAAGAAAGUGAAAAUAAGAUUAGUGUUUAGGGAUUGUGCCAAGGUCCAUGGUAAGAUUAGUGGAUUUCUUCGUACUUGAGGUGCUGGGUGUUCUGAGAAUAUAGGAAUGUUCUGGAUCUGAACCCUCAAUUAAUUCUAUUAUGGAUGUAUUAUGCCUUUUAUCUUUUCACCUCUAUGCUGGAAGAUGUCUUAGCCAUCGAUGCCAAAAAAAGCAUCAUUAAAAAUAUGAAGGUAUCUAUACCACCACAGUUCAUGCAGUAUAGUGCAGUUCUCCUCCUCCUCCAAGUUUUUCUCAAGUUUGACAUCCUUCUUGCUGCCCCUUCAGUUGGACUCCAAGAGGAGAAGGGAUCUGGGCUUGAAGCCACUGAAAAGAAGCUGGAUCUUCAGAAAGAAUUUAGCAUGAGCUUAAAACUCUCACGGCAACUUCUUCGCAAAACAAAGGACCUUACAAGAGACUACCUUUUGGACCGUUUAUCUGGAGCUGAGGUCCCUUUUAUUUCCCACUUGAAGCACCUUCCCUCAACCAGCAUUGAUUUUCACACAUGGAUCUCUCUUUCAGAUGCCAGACGCCUGUCGCAGAUAGCCAAGACCCUUUCAUUUUAUCACAGAUUGGUACAACAGCUGAGGAACUUUGAAGCAAUCAAAGAAAAUUCUGAAUUCUCCUCUCAGUUCGAAGAUAUUGAUAUUAACCUCCGAGAUCUCAGUCAUCAAGUGGAUUACCAGAUUACACUUUGUGGCCUGUCAUCUAAUAUCCAGCCUGAAUCAACUCCUCAGAUCCUUCAACACCACAGUCAGUGGACGAACCGCCAAGAAGUAUAUAUUGUCCUUCGUUCUCUCGAAAGCUUCCUGGUUCGUGUUGCACGAGAUUUUUUGAUGCUCAGGAUGAGGGUGCCCAAAGUGGCUUCACCUUCCAAGUUUUUCUAGUCUUAACAUUUCCUGUUUUAAUCCCCAUCACCCUAUUCCAAACAGCCAAGGAAUGCGGGCAUCCUGGUAUUUCAGUGACAAUGCUGUUCUGUAAAUUAUCUAAAUUAUCUAUUUUAUAUAUUUAUUUAUUUUUUCUAAGUAUUUUAUUAUUUUAACUUAUUUGUUAAAGCAAUGCUUUGGCUAGGUUCACAUAAGCAACUGUUUAAAGACUGCACUUUCUCAAAACAAUGUGACAAAAUAAAAGUAUUUUUUCCAAAGGUCAGAAAGAAUUGGCAACAAGUUUGCAGGGAAUUUUAAAUAUUGUGUUUAUCCAUAAAAAUAUGGGUGGCUACUACUUUGCUUCAUCUAAUUUUUUUUAAAAUGGCUAUUUAUUCAAAUGGGGCAGAGAAUCGUGAGGGUAUCUACAGAAAGAUAUAUAAUAUAUAAUUCCAAUGGAUUAUGGGUAAAUGAUUCUGAAAUUUUCUAAAACAGA